CAAAGAGAAUGUCAUUUUCAGAUGAACUGUCGAGUGUCGAGUCAAAUAUCAAAUUCAAAUCGAGUGUUGUUUUGUAGGAAUGUCGACUGUUUUUAUGUUAUUUUAUUACAAUCUCAUUAAAAAUUAAAACAAUGUUGUGUCUUUGACAAACCUUUCGAAUAUAAAUAAUCGUAACCCCCCGGAAUGAGUUUUAUGCAAGCAUUUGUGUAAAACACAUGUCUGCAAUUUUGUUAUUGUGUGAACUAUGAACGUCGUACAAAAUGGCAGUAAAGAGGACAGAGUUUCUUUUCGACAUGAGCUGAUGUGAAAUUAUGUUUGAAAUUGUGAUACGUAUAGUCUUGUGUGUGUAGACAGUCAGUCAAACGUGAUUAUGUGUCUCUAGUUAUCAAAAUGGGUUCACAAACAUUAGAGAUAUUACGGCAGGGUAUAUGGGCAUCUUUAACUGGGGGUUGGUUUUAUGAUCCUCAUCAGAACUUAUUUUGUAACACCGUACAUUUGUACAUAUGGCUAUUCCUCCUUUGCUUGCCCUUCUCCGUAUACCUGUACUUUCCACCAGCAAGUGUUGGUUGGGCAGUUUAUUGUGUUCUAGUGGCUUUGGUCUUUACUGUACUCAAGGUAAUAAACCAUGGCUUGCACCACAUGUAUGAUACAAAGGAAUUGAUUGUUGUUGAAACAACAGAUGAAUCAGGCAACCCUACUGAGAAUGCUGCUCUACUGCAAUCCCGCAGGCCAGAGGAGGGUGUGGAAAUGCAAACCUUAAGUGCAGCAGCUGUCCCUCCAAGUGACAAUGACUCUGUUACUUCCCUUGAAACUUAUCAUAAACCAAAUAAUAGCACAAUUGAUUUAAAAGUGGAUGUUCACCGUAAGAAUAGUUCAGAAUCUAGCAUGGAAGAUAGUGCAAUGUCUGGCAAACAGCUGGACCCAGUUGCUACAACUAAAUCAGACCUGUGUAUUCCGCAGACAGCAGAUGCCGGACCAUCAAAAUCUCGUCCAACAAGAAAUAGAUCAAAAUCUAGUCAUAGGCGAGAUAUCAGAAGUAGACGUGGUGCACCUGGUAGAAUUGAUGAACUGGUUGCUGAAGAACAUAGAAAUUCUAGAGGUGAUAAAAAUCCACCUGUACAUAAUACAGAUGAAGGCCCAUUUGCUAAAGUAAGUCGUCGUUAUCAUGAGUGCCCUCACAGACGAGGCUCCAGCAAUAGGGAUUUCUUUAAAGAAUGGCUUUACUUAGACGGCGACGAGGCGGCCGUUGGAGAACCCUAUCAAUCUAAAUUUGCUAGACAACUGAGUUCAGAUUCACGAGACAACUCAGAACCUAGUGUAGGACCACCUUCACCAAAGAAGAGACUCGCACAACGUCGAAGAUACACAAAUUAUCCAGAUGAAAGUUGCACCAAGUCCGCUAUGGCCCUUGCAACCGCACAAUCAUCAAAUAUGCGAAGAAAUUCCAACUCUACUAUGUCCACUAUACAGUUGCCGCUUCUUAAUUCAACUGCGCAGUUAGUUUCACAUAUGAGGAGACACUCUAAUAAUGCAGAUACAGGAUUUUUUGCUAGUGUAGAGUUAGGUGAAUAUAUGAUGGUUAAAGCAGAAGCACCAGCUGAGACUGAUAAAAGUAAGGGUAAGAGUCCUGGUGUUAGGAGAAUAAAAAGUGCUGCCUUAGAAAUUGGUUGCCCUCCCCCCAGUGUUUCCAAUUUAUCUCCACAUCCAAAUAGUGCCGAAACCAUUGGUGGACAAGUGCUUAAAAAUCCAAAAAGCGCAGUUAUACCACCCCCUAGCAAGUGUCUGACCCGUGGUCCCCACUUAAAUUUAUACCCUAAGAACGAAAAUGGUGAAGGAUGUAGUUAUCCCUAUUUAAAUUAUGGCUCAGAAAUUGUUUAUCCUAUAGCGGAAAUAUCAGAUGAAAUGCAGACUUCCCAAAAAGAAACCGACUUAGAUUCCAGUGGUGAAAGUUAUAGUGAUUAUGAAGAUGAAAAACAGUUUAGAGGAUUUGACUGGGAUGCAGAGCAAUCAUCUGCUAUGCGUUCUAGUGAUUCUGAUUAUGAGAACAAUGGUUCGAGAUCUCCCUUAUUAGAUAGACCUAAUGAUGUUCGCGUAGUACGUACAAAAAAUCAACAUGAUUGCAAGAAACAUUCCUGUGAUCGAAUCCAAGUAGGAAAACAUUCGGGCUGCCCUAGUGAAAAAAAGCCUACAAGACUGAAAAAAUCCGCCAAAUUAGAAACCCGACCUGAGCGUCAGGGGCAUCCUUGUGAUUGUAAAUACAAUGCAGAUUAUUUUGAUAAAGCUAGUGCAAGUUCAAAAGAUUUACUAAUAGAAAAAUCUAGUUUAGAAUCAAAUGACACAGGUGAUCAAUCGGAAAAAAGAGCAGAAGAGAAGCAGCCAGUAGAAAAAAAAGUAUGGGACCACGAUAUUUCGAAUUCUAGCAGUAGUAGCGAGGAAAGAAAGGUUGAAAAUAACUUUGAAAAACAUCCGCCGGAAACGGAAGAGUCGCAACUUACUUGUGAUAGCAAGAGCGCUGAUGAAAAGAGUGUAUAUAGCAUUGAAUGGCUAUUUGAAGAAACAGAUUCAAAACAAAUACCGUACAAAGAUAGUGUUUAUACUGAAGAAGUACGAUGUAAAAAACUUGGUGCUUUAGGAGAAACGUCCACAAAUGUUCCAAAAAAUUUAGGCGCAAUACCAAAGCAGAUUAAAAACAUGGCGCGUUCCCGAGCAUCAUCACAAAAGGAGAACAAGAAGCGAGAUUCUAGGAAAGAAAAAGAAGACAGUCAAAAUGAAGAUAGGAUACUGAUGGAUGCUGUUGAGGCUCAAGCUGCUUUAGUACAGGGAUUAGAAUGUUUAUUUGCUGCGACAAACGCAAACACUGUCGUAAUGCCACCGCCAAAUAGAGAAGAUUGUCGUUCGCGAAGCCAUCGACAAAGUAUACGAAGUGAAAGAGACGGUUCCCACAAAACCAGAAAAAGAUCAAUAGAAGAAGUCGCACAAACAUCCACAAAUACCCUACUUCCGACUUCUAUGCCAUUAUUAGCCGCCUUUCUCAAUUCAAGAGUAGAAUUUAUGCCGUGCUGUAAUGAAAAUAAUACUCCUCCAGUUGAAACCCAACCUACAGAAGAAGGUCCAAGAUUGCGACCUUUAAUGGAUAGAAAUCAUAGAAAUCGAGUGCGUAAAGUAAAACGUUCUACAAGGCAACGAAAUAAUUCUUCACAAAUUGAUGAAAAAAAAGAUAAACCUUCAAUCACAGAACAAGGCAAUUCCGGUACAGUUCAUUUCGCGAAGUCAUUCGAUGAUACUACAGACGGGGCUAUACAUUGUUUUAUGGAUGAAUAUGGCAACUGGAUGUCAUAUACUUUCGAUAAAAAUGGAUGCGCCCGAACCCAAGCUCUUCCAAUUCCGUUGCCCGGAAAUGAAGAUGCACCAAAAAUUAAGGAAAUCAAACCGGAUGAUAACACGGAAACAGCGGGUGGAAGCUGCGGUUCCUUAGAAUCAGAAGCAGGAACCAGUGAAAAUACAAAACCAAAACGUGGUGACAGUGUCGACCAUAGUUCGUCGAAUCAAGGCAGCAAUAACCCACUCCUAUCAAGUAAUAAUAAUGUGUCUGCAAUCGUGCCAAUAAACACAAAUACUACUAAUAAAAGGUUCUAUGUGUUUGAUGGUGGGACCAAUUCUCAUUUAGAACAAGCAAGGUCGCCCGUGGCUUAUGUCACCGACAGUCUGCUGGAAGAGAUUGAGAAUGAAAGACAGAAUCGAAUGGGACUCCCUAGUAUGCAUAUAAAUUUCUUAAUGAAUCAACAGCGAGCGCAACAAAUGAACUCUCAAUAUGAGGCGCAAUUCCCGAGUUUGAUACAAUCGUUAAACGAUGAAAUAAAUGAACAAAUAAAUGUUAGUAAAUUGUGUAAAAUGAUGGACGAAAUUAAAAAAAACAACAAGCCAAAAACAAAGAGCUACUACAAAUUUAAAUUCUCCAAAACUUUUGAAAUUAAAGUGACAAUGGACCGCUUAAAGUUAUUAGCUUUAUUUGAUAGAAAUUUAACGUUCAAAGAGACUUUUGUGUCGAUAAUGCUGGCGAUAGCGGUCGCAGUUUUGGGAUCAAUGGUUUUAAAUCUAGGAUUUUACAAGGAUAUAUACGCGUUCUGGUUUUGUUUUAUCAUGGCUGGAAGUCAAUAUUCGUUACUGAAAAGUGUUCAACCAGAUUCUGCGUCGCCGGUACACGGUUUUAAUAAAAUGGUUGUGUUCUCCCGGCCUGUUUAUUUUUGCCUUUGUACAGCAAUACUAUGCGCUGUGAGUAGUCAUCUCACUGACGACGAUCACACGCGAAGUAAACGAAGCGCGGAUACACCGUUAUCAAUAUAUGGUUUAGAAUUAAAUGAACGAGAUUGUCUAUACGUUGUUCAAGAAAUUUUAUCGAAGUUCCUAUUAUUUUUCCCUUUAGCGUUUAGUUUGGGGUUGUUUCCACAGGUCAAUACAUUUCUUAUGUACUUAUUAGAACAAAUUGACAUGCACGUGUUUGGAGGAAACGCAACUAGCAGUUUGAGCGCUGCCGUGUAUUGUGUGAUGCGAUCGCUAGCCGCUAUAGGAACUUUGUAUGGCUUCGCCUAUAGUGGCUUGAUAGAAGGGAAAAAAUCGCAGCAUCAAAAACAUAACAUACUAAUAUCGAUAUUUUGCGGACUGCUAGUGCCCAUAGCGUAUCAUUUGAGUCGCAGCGCAAGCGACUACACCCUUAUAUGGAAUUUAAUUAAGAAACACUUACUACCGCCAGAGUUGUAUAUAGUACACAAUCCGGAGUGUUCGCCUGAAAACGAUAAAACUGAACCUAACACCCUGACAGAGGAGAAGAAGAAUAAUUCCGAAAGUAACAUUUCAAAACAGAUCUCAGUCGGUAGUUCUGCGUCGAAAAUAAACUUUAGUUCGGAAACAAAUAUCUCGAGAACACACAAACGCUCCCAGGCGUCCAGCGUUAGUUCAUUGAAGUUGGAUCCUAAAGGUGAUACGACGAAUUCCACCACGUCUCUAAAAGUGGACCCGCCAACUGAAAAUGAUGAUAAGACGCGCGAUUCCAAUACUUUAAAUUCCAAUACGAAUAAGCCGGAAUUGGAUAAGUCGGAUGAGGAUAUGGAAGAUCCAUUGCCGAAGAAAUUACAAGAGACGGUUAACGCAAGGUUGAAGAAUGACGUAAUAGUGUGUACGUUCCUGGGUAUUUUGGUGUUCGGACUUCACUGUACGACCGUCUUCACUACGUUGAAGCCACAGCUUAAUACAGUCUUAUGGAUAAUAGCUGGAAGCCUAGGCUGGGUUCUUCACUACCUAACCCCACAAUUGCGCAAGCAGCAACCAUGGCUCUGUCUAGCCGGUCCGGUGUUAAAACAACACGAAUACGCCCAGUUCGAAGUGACAGAACCAGCUCGGCUUAUGAUUUUUGAGAAGAUAUUCGUAUACGUGUGUUUUCUCGAGCGGAACUUGUUAUUUCCUGCGGUGGUGAUUGCGGCAACGACGCAAGACGCGCCCGCUAUUGCUGAAAAGUAUGGAGACGCGUUGGGCGCGCUUAUUAUAAGCGUAUGCGCAUUGAAAUGUCUCAGAAACGCCUAUUCAGACCCAGAAAGUCAAUACCUAAUCAUCGUGUUUGCGGUGCUUCUCUUUCAAUUAGAUCUUGGCGCUCAGAACAUAUCGGAGACUUUUUUAGUGGAUUACUUCAUCAUGGCCAUCAUUUUUAACAAAGUCUAUGAGUUCUUGUUGAAGGUACAAUUCGUUGUGACCUAUAUAGCCCCGUGGCAGAUAACUUGGGGUAGCGCGUUUCAUGCGUUUGCGCAGCCAUUUUCCGUGCCUCAUUCGGCGAUGUUGUUUCUUCAAGCAGCGCUAUCAGCUUUAUUAUCAUCACCACUCACUCCUGCUUUGGGUAGCGCAAUAUUCAUGACAUCAUACGUUCGGCCUGUUAAGUUCUGGGAGAGAGAUUACAACACGAAGCGAGUUGAUCAAAGCAAUACGAGACUAUCGUCACAGCUUGAAAGGAAUCUUGGGGCUGAUGAUAAUAACCUAAAUUCAAUAUUCUACGAGCAUUUGACACGUUCCCUACAACACUACCUCUGCGGAGAUCUGAUGCUUGGGAGAUGGGGUAUUGUCCAACAAGGCGAUUGUUUUGUAUUAGCAUCCGAUUAUCUAAACUGCCUCGUGCAUAUUGUGGAAAUGGGAAAUGGGCUGGUCUCCUUCCAACUCCGAGGUCUGGAGUUUCGCGGGACUUAUUGCCAGCAACGUGAAGUUGAAGCUAUUUCCGAAGGACCAGAGGAGAAUAGUGAUGGCGUGUGUGGAGGUCGCUGGGUUUGUGGGGGUCGAGUGCUAUCCCCCGGUUCCUGGUGGACCCUCCGUUGGCUCGCCUGGCAGUUGGCGACCUCAAGAUAUGUCCUGGAAGGAUACUCUGUGACGGAUAACAGUGCGGUCUCCAUGCUCCAGGUGUUUGACUUUAGGAAGGUGUUACUCACGUAUUAUGUUAAGAGUAUAAUCUUCUACACGAUACAGUCGAGUAAGUUGGAGGAAUGGCUGUCAUCUGCAGAAUUGAAUGAGGCCCUCAGACCGAUGACGGAGAGGUCCUUUGUCGACCUGGAUCCCAUCUUCAACGUCAAUCUCGAUGAGGACUACGAUUUCAGAGCCUGUGGGAUUACUAGGAGUAGAUUCAUAGCGGUGUACCAGGAGUGGAUCGCGCACUGCGGGGCGAGACGCGGCGCGGCCUGGAGACGAGAUCCUUCUCUGCUGACUCUGUGUUUCGCCCUCAGCUUAUUGGGGAGACGGGCCUUGGCUGCAGCUCAGCAUCUUUCAGCUUCCAGCGUGGAGUUCUUCUUGUACGGCCUACACUCGCUGUUCAAAGGCGACUUCCGAAUAACGUGCGCACGCGACGAAUGGGUUUUCUCGGACGUGUCCCUCCUUCACUCCGUUCUGGCGCCCGCUAUACGGAUGGCCCUCAAGUUGCAUCAGGACCACUUCAUGUUCCCCGAGGAAUACUGCAGCAGUGCAGCCCUGUACUCUGCCAUCGUGUCUCACUCCCAGCGCCUCGUGAUCUGCCACGAAGCUGCCCCUGCCUGGAGAUACAACGUUCUACGUGGAGCACCACAUUUACUGGCGUUAAGGCACGUUAUGGACGAAGGCAACGAUGACUACAAGAUUAUUAUGUUGAAUAAACGCCAUCUUGGUUUUCGAGUGAUCAAAUUGAAUCGCGAGUGCGUACGCGGACUAUGGGCGGGGCAGCAGCAAGAAUUAGUUUAUUUGAGGAAUCGGAAUCCUGAGAGGGGCUCCAUACAGAAUGCAAAACAGGCCCUCAGAAACAUAAUAAACUCGUCGUGCGAUCAGCCGAUAGGCUAUCCGAUAUACGUGUCGCCGUUGACGACUUCGUACGCGGAUACGUCGGAACAGCUUUGCUCGUUGGUGGGCGGAGCCGUCACUGUCACCGCCAUUAAGAAUAAAGUCACGGCUCUAUGGAGGCGCAUACGACGACGUUGCGGCGAAGGCUGCUCCAGCGGCGCGGCGUGUGAUGCUCCAGCCGCAGAAAGGGGAGAAGCGGGCAGGAGGCCACCUCUCCAUACGCAAACUGCGGCGUCCAGGGCCUCGUUGGCUUCGCAUAGGGGAGAUUUAGGCGGCACUCGAAGUAGUCUCUCGAGCGCGGGGAAACCGACGUCGUCAACGCUGGCCUCUUUGGCUGGUCUUUUGAGGGAACAGCAUUCGCAUGAAAGGACGCAAGAGGAACCUGUAUAUGCAAAUACUCAAGAAACCGAGCCUAGACGACGCAGUGAAGAACGCGGCGCCAGAAGGGAGAGGCAUAUGCGUGCGCGGACGCAGCCCGGUCACCGUACGAGCAUGCGUCGCGAGCGUGCGUUGCCCGCGUCGUUUCGUUUGCUCGCCGCGUCCGACAGCGCUCGCCUCGCCUCCCAACAUCGGGACGAACAUCACGAUGAAGCCCAGGGUUCUACGGGAUGGGAGUCAGGUUGGCGGGAACAACCACGUCGUGCAGCUAGCGCUAAGGUGUCGUCAAACCUAGGCCACAGUGGCGAUUCGUCGUUAGAAGACGUGCGCACGAGUAGCGGUCUCGACGUCUCGUUGCCGGAUUGCAAAAUCAUCGCGAAUAGGAACGCAAGGCAAGACGCACUGUUUAAAAGGUACUUCAUAAACGAGGGUACAUCGAAAGAUCUCUCGAAAAUAAGCAAAGAAAUUCGCCACGAACGCGAGAGCUACCGCGAACUGACUGGACGUUAUAUUGAGAAACCCGAAUCGAUACCGCUCAAGGAGACGCAUUUUUCGGAAAAAGAUGUUAAAAAAGAGAAGAAAGAGUCGAAAAUAAAGACGAAAAUCAAAAGGUCUGAUUCGGGCAAAAGCGACGUGAAGAUAAAUAUCAGUGUCGGGAGUAAGGUGCUGAUAUUGGAGCCGUUGGGCGUCUACGAUUGCAUUAAUCUCGGCAGGAGGAUAGAUGUCCUGUGGCCAUCGGAGUAUGAGCGGGAGAGGGGGGGGAGGAAUUUCUGGGGCAGCUGGGUCCCGCAGGCUGGAAUGGAUGGAUUGGUCGUACACAAAUGGACGCCAAAUCAUCGCGACCCCAAACUGAGAUCUCACGUGGACAAAAGCAUUUUGCUCGUUCAAAUCGAUGAGAAAUUCGUUCCCAUCGCUGAGACCUGCGUUCAAGACCUGGGAGAUGAGGUGUAGGUCACGGAUGUCCCGUGUCACCCUCGGAACGCAAGAGGAUUCAACUAAUUGAGGUUUAUAGUACGUUUUUACGGUGCUCUUUGUGAUUUAAGACAAUUCGGAUUCGACUUUAACACAGUCAAAUUUGAUAUGGCUUUUGUUUUCUUUAUAACCCAAAUUUGUACUAGUCUUUAGUGAUGAUAUGUAUUGCGUCAUUAAAAUGAAGUUUUAUUUAUUAUUAGUAUAAACAAAAUUCUUGGUGGGAUUUUCUGUACAAUACUUUUUUUUUUGUUUAAUAUGAUAAUAGUCCAGAUUUUUAGCUCAAAUAUCAAUGGCAUACUAUGUCAUAGUAUGAUUAAAAUGUGUAAGGCUCUGUUAAAAUACCAGCUUUUAAGAUGUCAUCGUUCAGUAUUGAUUUUAUUAACGUCAAACUAUCUGACUCAUAGUCCAUUAAAUAGAUUAAUCAAAUAUUUAAAUAUGCAAUCUUAUAAAUAACUUGUUUCAUCUGAUUAAACUAUUUGAUACGAAAUGCCUUAAGUAACCGUUAACACAUAGCGACUCUGAGUACUGUUAAAAUUGAAAUAGUAAAAUCUUAAUAUUGCCUUAAAACAGUUGGUUUUCAACGCGAUUGUACAUUAAUAAUGGCUAUAACUUUAAUAGUAUUAAAAGUGUAUUAUAUUCAGAAUCGUUAAAUUAAGAUGUCUUGAGCAAUUAAGUUAUUUAAAUGAAAAUUAUAAAUUAUAGGACAAUUUUUAUCAAUACAGUGAAGCGUGCGUGCGAGUACGCAUACGUAUACGUAUACGUACCAGGUUUGGGUUUUAAGUAUUAAGAAAUACAAGAUGGAUCGGCUGAAGUGAUUUUUAUGGUUUGUAUGUUGUAUUUGUAAACAACAAACACAGGAUUAUUGACGAAAAAAAUCCAAUGCAAAAUGUUCAUGAAACUUUAAUAAUUAUUAUUAUGAACUGAAAAAUUUCGUAAGUUCACUAGAUAAGCAGCCAUUUUCCCGUGUACCAAGACAUAGACACUUUAAAUAGUCUACAAAAGAUUUAAUAAUAACUUUAUUGCUCUCAAGAUUAAUUGUAUAUACAUGCUUAUGUAAAUACUGUAUAUAAUGUAAAUGUAUGUGCUAAUUAAGGAUAAAUUUUUUAUUUAAUAAAACGUGGUUCAAAUGUUUAAAUGUGAAUUGUUAGAGAAAUUGUAAGUCAGCCGCACAGCGAUGUUUUUACGUCAAAUAGAAAUAAUAAUCCUAAUAUAUUAAAAAACCAAAAAUCAUGUAUUCAUGUAGGUAACAUAAUGUACACUUGUGAACGUCAAAAAAUAAAUAUACAUUAAAUG